AUGGGAUUCUUGCACAAGUUUUGGGAUGAAACAGUGGCGGGUCCUGCGCCUGAAAAUGGUCUAGGGAAGUUGAGAACUCGCAUUUCCAGCGAAAAUGUAACAAGGAAUGGUCAUCAGAAGUUGAUUGUUGAUCCAGGUCGUGUUCAAGAUUCUCCUGCUGAAUCAAGCAUCCCCGGAUCUCCUUUGACUCGUAAGGCAACAUUUUAUCUAUUGUUUAGGGUUGUGCUAAAUGCAUUGGACCGUAGAAAAGGAUUAAAGCGAAAUCAUGAAUGCACGACCACUGAGCUUCGUACUGCUUAUAAAAAGCUAGCUCUUAGAUGGCAUCCAGAUCGUUGUUCAUCAAUGGGGAACUUGGAGUUUAUAGAUGAAUCAAAGAAGAAGUUUCAGGGCAUCCAAGAGGCCUACUCUGUUCUGUCUGACUCCAACAAGAGGUUCCUCUAUGACGUUGGAGCUUAUAAUAGUGAUGAUGAUUCUGACCAAAACGGAAUGGGAGAUUUCUUGAGCGAAAUGGCUGUAAUGAUGAAUCAAUCCAAGCCUAGUGAGAACAGUUCAGGGGACAGCUUUGAACAGUUACAAGAUCUCUUUCAUGAGAUGUUUCAAGGAGACGCUACAGCAUUCUCCUCCUCAUCGUCAUCACCUUACUCUGCUUCAACUUUCACUUCCUCUUGUAGCUUUGUGUUUGACUCGAAUACUCAGCAGUCACCAUUUGAGACAACAAGUUCGUUUGGGGUUAAUGAUCCUUUUUCAUUUGAUCCUAGAGCUGCUCACACCUUUUCUUUAGGGGUUGAACAUCAGCAGGAUUUCAAGAAAGGGAAGAACAAUGGUGGGAGAAGAAACAGGAGAAAGAACAAUGCUCAAUCUGCUUCUCACCAAACGUCUUCGUCCAACAACUACGGAGUCCCCACUUCAUAG